GUCCCGUCCGCACAGCUGUAUGAAGACAAUGGCCAUUUUACGCCUCGAAGUCAACAAAGUGGGAGAUAAGAGUGCAAUCUUUUGGCAAAGUGAUAUUCGCAUCAUCAUCAUCCUCACCAAAGAAAAGAAUCCAACACCUUCUUGUGCUGCUGCUUUCAUCUUCCUGUUCCCCUUCUGGGUCAGUCACUGGAAUUCAUUUAAACAGAGGCCCCAAUUCUUCUCGAACUCCAAAACAUCUGCAAAAACUCGCCCGCCGUUUGCCAUUCCAAUCUUAGCAGCAGGGCUUUCUUUGCAGUCUCCGAAUGGGUAAUGUGGUGGAAUUGAAGGUGGAUUUGGACUGCGAGGGAUGCAUCAAGAAAAUACUUAAAGCCAUCAAGAAGAUCGAAGGUACUACUUCCAUCUUCAACUCUACACGCGCCCCUCACCAUUUCAGUCAAAUCAAAGAUAGUCAUCGUCCUCCUCUGCUUGCAGAUAUCGAAACCUAUAACGUCGACAAGCAGCUCAACAAGGUGACGGUGACCGGAAAUGUGACGACAGAGGAAGUCAUCAAAGUUCUUCAGAAGAUCGGGAAGCCAGCGAGUAGCUGGGAGCAAGAAUAAACCCAUACGUAACAGUCGAUAUAUAUACUUCUGUUAUGCGAAUAUCUAUAUUAAAUUUUAAUGAUUUUGGAAGCUAGAACUCGAUCCUGAUGACCGUUUCUGUACGAAUGUAUUAUGACCGUCUUGAAUUUCAGAGGCUAAGUUUUGGAUUGAAA